CUGAGUCCCUACGGUUCUGAGAUUCUAAUGGACUAUCCUAUCCUAGAAUCGUGAAAUUUUCUGUCUAGCAAGGACCAGGCCGUCCCGAUGGUGCCGUGCCCCUAACGUACCUUGCAAUUAUUAUCCUAUAUAUGUUUCCUUAAACCAGCCAUUGGCUUCCGUGGUUCUGGUUGUACGAGGUGAGCAUUGCCCCACAUCAUAGGGAGAUCAUUUAAUCGAAUGUGCAGCUGGAUUUUCUCGAGAAUCACGCAGAAGAGGAAACAAAUUGGAGAUUAUGAAGAAAGAAGCAUGCAUGGAAAAUUGAUUCUAUAUAUAAAAUCUGCAGACACCCAACUUAUCAUCAUGGUAUGAAUGAUAACACCUGGAAGAUUAAAUGGGUUUGAUUUUCUUCCUUUCCAGAGAGGCCAGAGGGGUUUAAAAUGAUGGGGAAGUAUCAAAGAGCUUCCCUUCCUCUAACACCCAGAGACACAGUGAGGAGUUGAGGGGUCUGCAUGUUUCAGUAUAAUAUCCUCAGUUCAUCCUCUGAUCAAUGUCAGGUGAGGAUUGUCUGACGUUUUAGUCGCCCACAAUGACGCUCUCUGAGGACACUGAGUCUGCGGCUUUCUGGCAGUUCCUUAAUCCGCCAACCCGGGAUAUGAUGGCGUUCCCGGGGUUUAGUUUGCUCUGUAACCCGGAAUUUCAUCAGAGGUGGGACUUUCGGAACCAGGAGGUUGAUUCUUCGAGUGAUGAUGCCAAGUCGGAUUCGGGUGCCGAACCGACUCUGAAGAAGCAUAAACUGGUUCCGGGUUUAGUCCCUCCCGAAAAUAAUGAAUCGGCUCAUUCUCCUGAACGCCGGGAGGGAACAGCCAAUCCUGAGGGAGGAUUUGGACUUAUAACUCCGAAUACUAAGGAGGCAAGUCGAAGGCGUAGGAAGGAAAAGUUAGUGAAGGAGGAGAAGGUGAUCAAGAGAAGCGGGGUCAAUCGAGAAUGGAGAAAGAGAAAACAUAUAGUUUAUGAUACUGGCUUGAUGGAUGAUCUCCAGAAGUUCCGGGAAUCUUUAGUAGAGGAGCUCCGGGUCGAAAGAGAGAACUUGGUCGGGUGGAUGAAGGAUGAAAUGACCGAAAAGGCGGGAAAUUGUAGUGGUUCCCUACGGGCAGAGAAGAAAAAAGAAGAAGAAGCUAAUCGCGUGGACAAGAACCUAUCCUCAGAGAACCGAAGUUAUGAGCGUAAGGAGAAAUAUGCUGGAGAUACCGCGAAAAGCAAAGGCAGGCCUUCAGGGAGAUCAUCUAGAAGAAAGAAGAAGGGUGACACUGCCAGCUGCUCACAAGCCCUUGCAAGCGAGAAACGUGAACUAUCGGAAACCGUAGACAAGUCGAAAUUUUUGUUCCUUCCUCCGGACCAUAGCCCGCAACUCCAGCAAAAUAGCCUUAGUGCUGGUCACAAAAUUCCGGUCUCGACGGUGGCAGUGACCGAGAAUGACAGGGGAGAGAGUUCGGAAUUGCUUGGCAAUAUGAAUCAUAGCUCAUCCCACCAGUCUCCUCAGGUGCCAGCUCCGAACUUCCCGACAGUCCCUGGCGAAGAGAACCACUGGCUUAAGAGCUCUUUAGUCACUCUUCAACCAAGAUUACCGGGAAAGAAAGUAGACCCGGAUGAGUUCACGGGAUACUAUCAUCUGUUACUGCAAGAAGCUGGGAGAUCCAGCAACUCUGCUCUAACUGAACCAAAGAGCAACACUUCUUUACUCCAAACCGUGUUUCCAACCCUGCCCCAUCGUGACACGGACCGAGGUUUUAGCAGCACAAACUCUAACCCACUGUCAUUGCAAAAUCCAUUGGGAGAGGAAGACGAUGUGCUAGGUCUGCGGAUGAACGGAGGGCCAUUGCGGUUUCUCGGGUUUGGAAAUGUCUAAAUAUCGCGCAGCCUGCAAUUUCCCGACUUAUAAAGCAGAUUUUUCUCCUUAUACGCAUGUCUCUCUGUAAUAGACAGAUAGAAAGUUGAUGGAACACCAACGAUGAUAAAGUUGUGAAAGUGAAUGAAUUCCAGUAAAUUCCAUUAUGGAAUGUUUCUUACCUCGGA